CUUUAACUACACGAGUACUGUCACGAUAUCCACACGACCGCGCGCAACUCUUCCUAAUUUCUCACGGGCUUCUGUCUUCCCUUCCUCUUCCCAGUCGCUCAUAAAGGAUUCAAGAUCAAAAUGACAAGUUUUGUGGGCAGCAAAAGCCUCAUAGACUUUGACCAGAAAAGUCUCGCAGUUGCCGCAGCUUCAAUUGCGUUCAAUCCUAUCUUCUGGAAUGUCGUCGCUCGUCAAGAAUACCAUAACAAGAUCCUCACAAAGCUUGCUGGCGGCAACUCACGUCUAGCAUGUUACGGCUUAGCAGUAGCGAUCUUCUCCCUUGGCAUCUUCCGCGACUUUCUCUAUGAACAAGCCUUGAGAACCCAGCCCUCGCAUCCGCUUCUCGAGACGGGGCUCACAAAGGUUAUCGCAGGUGGGCUCUUCGCUUGCGGUAAUGUGCUCGUCCUCUCUUCCAUGUGGGCUCUCGGUGUCACGGGCACAUACCUGGGUGACUAUUUUGGCAUCUUGAUGGACAGUAUGGUUACGGGGUUCCCGUUCAAUGUCACGAGUGCCCCGAUGUAUUACGGAUCCACCAUGAGCUUCUUGGGAACGGCACUUUGGUUUGGGAAGCCCGCGGGGAUUUUGUUGACCGCUGAGGUGUUGGCGGUGUACCUUAUUGCCCUGAGAUUCGAAGAUCCGUUCACCGCCAGCAUUUAUGCUAAGAGGGAAAAGGAGCAAAAGAAGGGCGAGAAGAAAGCACUUUAA